AGUUAAGAUCUGAGACGAGAAUAGAGUUUUUACGACUUCUAGAAGUUCUCAAGGGCCGAGAAAUAGAGGCUAAAACAGUAGAAGGAAACAGUGUAUUCUGUCGGUUUGAAGAAAUUGACCGGAGCGUGACUCAGCUAGGUGUAGCCGAACUUCAGACCCCAACUGGAGUCAUCCCGGCAGCAGUUCUUAGAUUCUCAGAUUUGGAUUUUAUCAGAUUCCAGUCUGCAACCAAUAGUAACCCCUCUCCACAGUAAACAGAAACAAGGAGUUUGUUCUCAUCGAUUCUUGCCCUGGACUUGUCAAAAUGGAAUCGGAUUCUGACAAUUUCAAGUUAGAAACUGAGGAUGAAGAGAAGUAUAGUUCUGAUGUUAAUUUCUCCGACGUGACCAUCAAAAUCACAGAUGACGUUGGCAAUAUCAAACAGGAGAUUAUGAAUAAAGAGAAAGCAAAAAAUAAGAAUGAUUCGGAUAAAGAUGAGAGCGAGGAGGAUGAAGAGGAAGAAGAUGAUAAAGAUGAAACUACCGGAUCAAAACGUUUAGUUUGUAAAAAUCCUGGAUGUAAUCGCCAGUUCUCUCGUCCUUCUAGACUCCUAACUCAUUCCCGAAUACAUACAGGAGAAAGGCCGUUUGUAUGUGAAAUGUGUAAUAAAUCUUACGCAAGAAAUGCUCAUUUAAAACGACACAUUUCCACAAACCACGCUAAAACUAAACCUCUUCCAGAACUUUUUAUCUGCUCUACUUGUGAUAAAUCUUUCACACUUAAACACAAUUUGCAGAAGCACAUUAAGAGAAGCCACGACGAUGACAGGUUUAAAUGUGAUAAGUGUGAUGAAGGGUUUAGCAAGCAUCGACUUCUUAAAGCUCAUAAAGCUGUUCACGGAGAAGGAACGGAAUGCUGGUCUUGUACUCAAUGUGAGAAAACUUUCACGUCUCAGUCUAAAUUAAAGAAACAUAAACGGGCCCAUGCCGGAUAUAAAUGUGAUGAGUGUGAUGUUCUCAUGGAGAAAUGGAGUGAUCUGUUGAUGCAUAAGAAGUCUCACUUGGCGGAACCAGGAGCUUCUGAGCUGAUUCAAUGUGAUAAAUGUGAGAAGCAGUUUUCCCGGAGAUACAUGAAGAUGCAUAGACAGAUUCAUGACGAGGAACGUCCUGUUCUGCACUGUCCUAAAUAUCUUUGUCCCAGAUACUUCUAUUUUCUUCGGAAUCUCAAGCAACAUAUCAACAGCUUUCAUCUUGGUGCAAAGUUUCAGUGUACUGUCAGGUUAUUUGCUUCUGUACUUAUUUAGUACAUGACUAUGAUUUUUUUGUACCGCAGGUAAGUAACUUAUCUUAGUGUAAACACUGUCCACAUUCGAGUUUCUGUUUUUUAUUAUAGCAGGUAUAUAAUUCCGUUUCAAUGUACUCUACUGGCAGGUAUGUACUUUAACCUUAUGUGUACUGGAUACAUUUUUAAGUUACAGUGUAUAUACUCUCAUGAUAGUAACUUAUCCCAGCUUGUAGUACAUGUUUAUGCUUCAAUAUCCUCACUACUCAGGUUAGUAAUUUUCUAGUGUGUACAUUGUUAUUUUUUAUGUUAAAGUGCAACUAUCAUGUUA